AUGUUAUAUAUUGUUCAAUCUCUACCUCCAUGUUAUGCUCCAGAUCGAUUCAUAAUCUUUUCAGCUUGGUAUCAGAUGUGUGAUCUCAAUAUAACAAUUCAAGAACGGGGAAGUAAAAACAAGGAUGACGAUAUGGAUGAUAUACAUAGCAUG